GAACCGGACAAAGGUUGGCUUAUUCUCGACAAAUUUUCCAAACCAAAACCCACAAUUCACAAAUUGUUAAACCCUUGUUCUCCUGCACAAGGGAUCAAGCUUAUGCACAAGUACUUGCUUGAAAAUUUGAAAUUUCAACAAUACCAAUUGGGUUUAACAAGUUUGCUACUUUAAAAAAUGGAAGUCCAUACCAUAACGGCGGCAAAAUUACCGAAAUCUCCGGCGUUACUCCGGCGAAAUUUCCGGGCUUUCUGUUCACCAAAGUUCCUAACUUUAUCGUCUUUGCAAACUCCAUCAUCAACAACUCACUUAAAAUCUGAAAUGGGGAGCAACAAACUUGAGUUUCCAACUAAAAGAAUGUUUAUUCUUGGCAUGGGUUAUGUGGGUCAAUUCUUUGCUCAAGAGCUCAAGCAUGAAGGAUGGGAAGUUGCAGGUACUUGUAUGAGCGAUGCAAAGAAAAAGGUUCUUGAACAAAAGGGAUUUGAUACCUUUGUUUUUGAUGCAAUGGAACCAGAAUGGAAGUUCCUCGAUAGACUAAGAUGCUGUACUCACCUUUUAGUUUCCAUACCCCCAAUUUUGGAUAUUGGUGAUCCAAUUCUUCAACAUGAAGAUACCUUCAAAGAAAGUUUGGUGGAUGGAAAUCUCCAGUGGCUUUGUUAUUUGUCAACUACAAGUAUAUACGGAGAUGCUAGAGGAGCAUGGGUUGAUGAGAAAUUCUUGAUUUGCUGCAGUUAUAUCCCAGAGCCUUCAAGCAACUUAGCCAAAAUGAGACUAAAGUCAGAGGAAGGGUGGUUAAAGCUGGGACAAGAUCUUGACCUCUCAACCUAUUUAUUUCGACUUGGUGGUAUAUAUGGUCCUGGAAGAAGUGCUAUUGAUACCAUUCUAAAGAAGAAAGAAAUGUCAGAACGUCAGAAGAGGAGAGCAACUAGAAAUUUUACAUCCCGAGUUCAUGUUGCAGACAUUUGUCAAGCUCUUAAAGCAAGCAUUUCAUUGCAUGUCCAGAGGAAGAUUUAUAAUGUUGUUGAUGAUGAUCCUGCCUCUAGAGCCGAAGUCUUUGCCCUUGCACACCAACUGAUAAAGCAGAAAUGGCCUGGUCUGAUUGGUGCUACUGACAACUCUAUCAAUAGCAUACUUCUUGGGGGUACAGAAAAACGAGUUAGCAAUGCUCAUAUCAAGAAGGAAUUGGGUGUUAAAUUAUUGUAUCCAAGUUAUAGAUCAGGCCUACAAAGUAUCAUAGACAAUAUGGAGGAUCCUCUUUUACAUAGUGAUUAAUUAAUGUUUGCAAUCAUCCUUUGUAUCAAUCAUUAAAAAAUAUAGAAGCCCUUUUUGGCAAUUGUUUAACUGUUUGUAGUAGUUGGCUAAUUUUGUUAGCUAGUUCAAUUAAUUGUUUGCGUGUGAUAUUGAUGUGUUAUCCGGAAAGUUUUUCUUUUUUUUAGAGUUCUUGGUAAAGGGUUAUAUAAAAUAUGAUCAAUUUCAAGAUUUUA